AUGGUAUCAAACAGGAAAACAGCUAUCAUUUCAGUCUACGAUAAAACUGGUCUCUUAGAUUUGGCGAAAGGGUUGAUACAACAAGAUGUCCGUCUCCUUGCUUCUGGUGGCACUGCUAGAAUGAUUCGAGAGUCUGGAUUUGCUGUAGAAGAUAUCUCUGCCAUAACCCACGCACCAGAAAUGCUCGCAGGGAGGGUCAAGACGCUUCAUCCUGCCGUUCAUGCUGGAAUAUUAGCUCGUGAUUUGGCCUCUGAUGAGAAAGAUCUCGCAGAACAGAACAUCAACAAGGUUGACUAUGUCAUCUGCAGCUUAUAUCCUUUCAAAGAUACCAUUGCAAAAGUCAAUGUGACGAUGUCAGAAGCAAUUGAAGAAAUAGACGUUGGUGGAGUAACCUUAAUUAGAGCGGCGGCGAAAAACCACGGGCGCGUUGUCAUCUUAACUGAUCCCAAUGAUUAUGCUGGAUUUCUCCAGGAACUAAAAACAGGAGAAAUUUCAAGUGAAAGUCGAAAUCUGUACGCUCUAAAGGCGUUUGAGCACACUGCCGAUUAUGAUGCCUCUAUUUCAGAUUUCUUUAGGAAACAAUAUGCAAGUAAUGGAGUUCAGCAGCUAGAACUUCGUUAUGGAGCCAACCCACAUCAGAAACCUGCUGCAGCAUUCACUAAACUUGGAUCUAUGCCCUUCAAAGUCCUCAGUGGAUCACCCGGAUAUAUAAACUUACUAGAUGCUCUUCAUGGUUGGCCUCUUGUUAAGGAGCUUAAGGCAGCUCUUGGAUUUGCAGCUGCAGCCAGCUUCAAACACGUCUCACCAGCUGGUGCAGCUAUAGGUGUUCCACUAACACCUGAAGAAUGUAAAGUCUACAUGGUUGAAGAUAUCGAGGGACUCGGUGAGUCUCAGUUAGCUCAAGCAUACGCUCGUGCCCGCGGUGCCGAUCGCAUGAGCAGCUUUGGUGACAUGAUUGCUUUGAGUGAUAUUGUAGAUGUUCCAACGGCAAGAAUCAUUUCGAAGGAGGUUUCAGAUGGUGUGAUAGCUCCUGGAUUUGAGGAUGCUGCUCUCGAGAUUUUAAAGAGGAAGAAGGGAGGAAGGUAUCUAGUUCUCCAGAUCGAUCCGGAUUACACACCUGCCCCCCAGGAUUCACGAACAGUUUUUGGAAUCACCUUGACGCAGCAUCGAAACGACAUAGAAAUUUCUAAAAAAUCUUUUAACUCUAUAAUUACACCCAAGGAUGCGGGACCAUUGCCCGAUACAGCGUUGAGGGACUUGACUGUGGCUACAAUUUCUUUGAAAUAUACACAAAGUAAUUCCGUAUGUUACGCCCUCAACGGACAAGUUAUAGGACUUGGUGCUGGACAACAGUCACGAAUUCACUGUACUCGUCUAGCGGGCGAUAAAGCUGACAACUGGUGGCUUCGAUUCAACCCAAGGGUUCUCAGUAUCUCGUGGAAAAAGGGGGUUAAGCGAGCUGACAAGAGUAACGCGAUUGACCUGCUUGUAAGUGGGGAGCUGCCUAAAGAUGGACCUGAACGCGAAGAUUUCAACUCGGUGUUCAAUGAAAUCCCAGCUGAGUUCACCGACGAGGAACGGAAUUCGUGGCUUAAGAAUUUAAAUGACGUAGCUGUCUCGAGUGAUGCAUUUUUUCCAUUUACUGAUAAUAUCUAUCGUGCUGGGAGAUCUGGUGCAAAAUAUAUUGCCGCGCCAACUGGUAGUCAGAAUGACAGCGCUGUAUUUGAGAUAGCUGAGGAGCUGGGUAUCACGUUUGUAGAACAAAGUAUUCGCCUAUUUCAUCAUUAA